CGUCUCGCUGCUUGUCGUCUUCUGAGGUCCCCGGGUCGGCGCGCAGGCUGGGCCGCGAUGCCCGAGGUGAGCACUGACGAGCUGGACGAGCGGCAAGUGCAGCUCUUGGCGGAGAUGUGCAUCCUCAUCGACGAGAACGACCGGAGGAUCGGGGCGGAGACCAAGAAGAACUGCCAUCUGAACGAGAACAUCGAGAGAGGAUUAUUGCAUCGUGCUUUUAGCGUUUUCUUAUUCAACACUGAAAAUAAGCUCCUGCUGCAGAAGAGAUCAGACGCUAAAAUUACCUUUCCAGGUUGUUUUACGAAUACUUGCUGUAGUCAUCCCUUAAAUAAUCCACGAGAGCUUGAAGAAAACAAUGCAAUUGGAGUAAGGCGAGCAGCACAGAGGCGUUUAAAGGCCGAAUUGGGAAUUCCCAUGGAAGAGGUUCCUCCAGAAGAAAUUAAUUAUCUAACACGAAUUCAUUACAAGGCUCAAUCUGAUGGUAUCUGGGGAGAACAUGAAAUUGAUUACAUUUUGUUUGUGAAGAAGAACGUGACCUUGAAUCCAGAUCCCAAUGAGAUUAAAAGCUAUUGUUACGUAUCAAAGGAAGAACUAGAAGAACUUCUGGAAAAGGCAGCCCAUGGUGAAAUUAAGAUAACUCCGUGGUUUCAAAUUAUUGCAGAUACUUUUCUCUUUAGGUGGUGGGAUAACUUAAAUCAUUUGAAUCAGUUUGUUGACCAUGAGAAAAUACACAGAAUGUAGAUGUGGAGAUGAAUGAUUACUAAAGUACUAAAGAAUUUCUCUACUUAGUAAACUUAAGAUGAAUUUUUUAAAAACAUGGUUCCCCAUUAGAACUCUCAUUGGAAAUACUGAUACUUUACAACCAGAAUUUGUGUGGAAAAGAAUUCUUGAUUUGUGUCAUAUAACCCAUAUAUGUUAACUGCAAUUUAUAAAAAAUAUUUAUGAGAUUAUUAUAAAAAGAGCAAAUAAACUUAACCUAUCUAAACACAUGGUU